AUGGCUCAGUUUCCAGACAUAGAAGCAAACUAUCUAUUGCUUCCAAUCUUCCUCUUACCAUUACUCUAUCUCAUCUUCAAGCAAUGGAAAUAUCCUUUUGCAACAAAGUCUCCGCCAAUUCCACCAGGGCCAACUCCAUGGCCUGUCUUGGGCAAUAUCCCUCAUAUGGGAAGAUUACCUCAUGUCACACUCUGCAAUUUUGCUCAAACUUAUGGUCCACUGAUAUGUCUCAAGUUAGGCACUCAAUACACGGUCGUGGGAUCAUCCCCUGCAGCUGCGAUUGAAAUCCUGAAAACUCAUGAUCGGAGUCUGUCCGCGCGAUAUGUUCCCAAGGUAGUUCCUGCUAGACAGGAAGAACUCAACCGUUCAUCGAUCGGAUGGACUGAAGUAUGCAAUGAUGGAUGGAAGUACUUGAGGACACUGUGCAGAACCGAGCUUUUCUCAGUUAGAGCAUUGGAUAAUCAAUCAUGCUUAAGAGAGAAAAAGAUCUCGGACAUGGUCGAGCAUUUAAGGGCUAAGAAGGAAGGUCAAGUUGUGGAUAUCGGAGAGCUAGUAUUUGCGACGAUCUUCAACAUGUUGAGCAAUGUAAUGGUGUCAAGAGAUCUUAUCGGCUUGGAAGAAGAAAGUGCUGGUGAGGGGAUGAAAAGUCUAGUGAGAACAGUCAUGGAGGUGGCCACUGCCCCAAAUGUAUCAGAUUUUUAUCCACUAUUGUGCAAGCUUGAUCUUCAGGGUCUCCGGAAGAAGUCAACUAAUCUGGGAAUCAAGAUUCGUGCUGCUUGGGAACCUAUCAUUGAAGAGAGGAGGCGACAGGGUGCCCCUUUGACUUUGAGCCAAGAAGACUUUCUGGACACCUUGCUUCAGAAUAAUUUUACAAAUGAACGAAUUCACCAAUUACUCAUGGAAUUGUUCACUGCUGGGACAGACACUAGUACUUCAACAAUUGAAUGGGCAAUGGCAGAACUAGUGAAGAAUCCAGAGUCUAUGAUGAAAGUGCGUGAAGAGCUUGGAAGAGAAAUCAAUCAAGAUUUGCCAAAAGAGUCUCAUCUAAUGCAACUACCAUAUCUGAAGGCCUGCAUUAAGGAGACCUUCAGGCUGCACCCUCCUGCCCCUUUGCUACUUCCACACCGUGCCCCUGAAGCAUGUCAAGUCAUGAAUUACACUAUUCCUAAAAAUGCUCAAGUUUUAGUGAAUGUUUGGGCCAUUGGACGAGACCCUGGAAUUUGGGAUGAACCAUUGAAGUUUAAACCUGAGAGAUUUCUGAGUUGUAGUUUGGAUUAUAAAGGGAAUGAUUUUGAGCUCUUACCGUUUGGGAGUGGAAGAAGAAUCUGCCCUGGCCUGCCCAUGGCUGCUAGGCAUGUUCCUUUGGUUCUUGCGUCGCUGAUCCACUGCUUUGAUUGGUCACUUCCCGAAGGAAAAGAUCCUCAGCAAUUAGAUAUGAAUGAAAAGUUUGGUGUGACAUUGGAGAAGGAACAACCAUUGCUUCUCAUCCCUAAAGCAAGAUCAUGAUCAAUCAAGAUUCUGCAUCAUCUCUUUUUGCUUCCUGAAUUGAAGAAAAUCUCUUCAUGCAUUGUGGCUCUUGUUGUUUCGUUCGUAAUUGUUUCUCUUCGUGCUUUAUUAUGUCAACCUGCAUUGGAAUAGAUCGUAU